GGGAAGUGGCACGUAAAUUAUUUCAGCAGCGACCGGCAAAUCACCGUGGGCAAAUCUUGGGCAAAUCAAAUCCAGUGUGUCGCUGCCGCUCGAGAGAAGACUGGGCCUAAAAUACUUUGGAUAUUUUACCCUUGAUUUUACCGUGGUAUUCGUUGUCGCUGGUUCAAGGUUUUGUCUCUUGUGUGUAAAGCUUAGAUUUCAUGAUGCCACUUAGCUAGUAUUCUUAUAUUAUGAUCUAGUUGGUUGUUUUGCUUCUUAAUUGUGCAUUAUUGCAAGAAUGAGGCUCUUGAAAAAUAUUUUCUUCUUCCGUGGCUUUGAGUAUGUAUCAAAACAGAAAUUAAAGGAAAAACUAAAAUCUAUGGUGAAGCUGACUGCUGGAGGCACAGUAGCUUUCUACGGUAUAGGUCUAUGGAGCAACAACGCCAAGUUUUACGAGUCGAUGGUUAUGCCGGCCGUGCGGUGGCUGGACCCGGAGAUGGCGCAUCGGGCCGCCGUGCUGGCUGCCAAGUACGGACUGGUGCCCAGGGACCGCAGCCCGGACCUGGCCGUGCUGAGGACCAGCCUGUGGGGUCUCGAGUUUGACAACCCCGUCGGUCUGGCGGCCGGGUUCGAUAAGCACGGCGAAGCGUGCGAUGGGAUGCUGGACGUUGGCUUUGGGUUCGUGGAGGUGGGCUCGGUGACCCCGCAGCCGCAGCCGGGCAACCCGCAGCCGCGCGUCUUCCGGCUCGAGGAGGAUGACGCCGUCAUCAACAGGUACGGAUUCAACUCUGAGGGCCAUGCGGCGGUGGUGGAGCGGCUGCGGGCCCGGCGAGAAGCGGGAGGACUGGUUGGUGUAAACCUCGGCAAGAACAAGCUGUCAGCGGAUGCAGCCGCCGACUACGUGGCUGGAGUCAACGCCUUCGCCGGUCUGGCUUCUUACUUUGUGAUCAACGUGUCUAGUCCGAACACACCCGGUCUGCGAGAGCUGCAGAAAGGUGACGACCUCGAGAGACUGCUAGACAGCGUGCUAGAAGCCAGGGAUGCCGCCUGUCCGCCGCCCGGUCGACCGCCCGUGCUGCUGAAGAUCGCUCCCGACCUCAGUGCCGAGCAGAGGCAGCAUGUGGCCCAGUGUGCGCUAGCGAGAAAAGAGCGGCUGGGCGGUCUGAUCGUGAGUAACACCACCAUCAGCCGUGACGCCGGUCUGCGCAGCCCGCACGCCGCUGAGACGGGCGGUCUGAGCGGCCGGCCGCUGCAGAAACUCUCCACCGACACCGUCGCCGAUAUGUAUCGGCUCACGAACGGUCAGAUUCCGAUCGUGGGCGUGGGUGGUGUGUUCAGCGGUGAGGACGCCUACCAGAAGGUACGCGCCGGUGCCAGUCUGGUUCAGCUGUAUACCUCGCUGGCCGUCUGCGGCCCGCCCAUAGUCGGCGAGAUCAAACGACAGCUCGCCGAGCUACUCACGGCCGACGGGUUCAGCAGCGUCUCGGAGGCGGUGGGAGCCGACCACCGGCCUGGUAAAACACGUACCAACAGCGCGGCGAUACACGGUCGGGCGGUGUCCGAGCAGAUCAGGGCAGACCUGAGGACCGCCGCCGGGAGCUGACCGCGAACUUGACCCAUGUGACCUCAGUGGUAAAGACAAUAGGUAGCGGAGAACACGUGAGACAACUCGGCGAGUCGCUGGCCGCUGCUAAUGGAAGCGUAUUUUGUUUGGGAUUUGUCAUUCGCAGCUGUGAUGUAAGUCGAUAUGAAGAAGUGUAGUUUCAAGCCCGUUGUUCAUGAUGCUGUUGGUUCCAUUACACGCACGCAGGGAACUGUUAGCCACAUGCGGUUCUCAGUGCCAAUUCAGGGGUUUGCCGAUUAUCUUGUUUGUCGAUUAUUCCUAGUCCGUCUCCAAGACCAAGGUCCCAUUCUUCUCAGACCGUUUUGGUAUCGUUACAGCGUAUGCAUAUUGCAUAUCGCUUGUGUGCGUGUGUAUGGUUAGAACGUUUAUUAAUAAAAACCAUCAUAGAACGAGAA